UCAAUGACCGUCUCGACGAAAAGUGAAGUUUGCAAACAAACGAUGCACGCAAAUCAGGGUCACCUGCACUCAAUCGCCCGCUCGUGGUGGAGACCAGCCUGUAUGACCUGUAGCCAAACGGCCAACCAAUCAAACUCCAAGGAAUUUUUCGCCAGGCGGGUGGGCAACUGGGCAUGCACCAGCAGAGCACAAAAUUAUGGGGCCGGAUGCAAAAACCUUGCAGCGCGGGUUGAAAUGACUGAGUGAUACAAAAGUGAGAGAGGCAAAUAAAAACUGGCCCAAUAGUAUUCCAUAGUUACACCUGUCUGGAAAACUAUAACGUGACACCUUUGGCUUGAAUCUAGAGACUCAUCAACGGUGAAGUUUCUUAGAGAGUUUGAAUUCUUUUUUUUUUUUUUUUUGCUGCUUGUGGUUGUGCGGGAGCGGCAUUGCGCAUUUGCUGUGUGCGUGCGUGCAGCUGCUCCGCGCCGACUGGAAGUGGCACCGGGAGUUACAUCCCCCGUUUGUUCUCUUGCCCACCUAAAGGCACCGUUUGAUGGGGCUUAGGGAUUACGCUUGAUUCCAUUUGCGCCUUGUCUAUACUCGGAACUAUUGCUUCCUAUAGUGAUCAAGCAAAGGAGGAGUCUAGUGGAAGUGUGUCGAAAGAAGUGAGGGACAAAGAGGACAAAUUUGAAAAGGAAACAAACAGGUGGUGCGUACGAGGGGGUUCUUAAAAGGAGGAGCAGGAGUGAGCAUCAGGGAAGAAGAACGGGCCUUGGAUUCUCAACGCUCAAACCGUUGCUGGUAUCAAAAUGUCGCUCAGACCUGAUUCCCCGGGCGGCGGAAGGAGUGACGGGCAGAUGCUUUCCGCAAAUGGCACCGGCAGUGGGAGUGGCAGUGGGAGUGGGAGCAGUCACGGUCAGGUCCCUAGCACGCGUCGUCUAUCAACGUCACGGCAAGACCUCCCCAGUUCUGAUCAAAAAGACGGCCACCAGGCAUUGAGAAAGUCGUCGUCUCCACCUCCAAAAUCACCCCGAGCUCAGAACAGCCCGCCAGCAAAGUCUCGAUUCACCAAGUUCUUCCGUUGGCUGUUUAGCCCAUUCGCCAACUUCUUCAUUACCAUCUACAAUAUCUUUUUCCGCCGCAUACCAAAGCCUAAAGCUCUUUUGGAUGAGGAUCAAGAAGCAAAGAUGGAGAAUCGAGGACCCGGCGCCAGCAACAUCAACGAUCGGCAGACCAAGGAGAAUGUCAACCCCAGACUCAAUCAUGCGGUUGCCAACCUUACCAUACGGGACGCCGCCGCACCCGUGUUUCCGCCUGUUAAAUCAACCGUCGUCCCACUCGUGCCUGUAGUGCCGGCCGGAGCGCCACUGAAGUCGGUUGGCAUCUUUGAGGAGGAGGAUGAGGAUCCAGCCCGCAAGGCCGAGCGAGCCAUUCACCAGGGCUUUAUUGAAGAAGCUCUUGAUAUGGCUCGCCUUGCUCUCAAAACAAACGAGACGCCGGUCGGCUGCGUUCUGGUCUACAGAGGACGUGUCAUUGCCAGAGGCAUGAACGCAACCAACAUCACACGGAACGGCACCAGGCACGCAGAAUACAUGGCACUCUCCUCUCUCUUCGGCACUAAGCCCGAUGCACCGCCACCUUCACAUCCUAGCUGCAAGCAUGAGGUUGACGACCCUGGCGAGUGGGACGCUGUCGACGUCACCAAGAGCUACUUGUAUCCCUACGGCCAGAAGCUACACCCUUCGCCUCAUGUCACGGCAUCUAUUGUCCAGGAGAGCACCCUGUAUGUGACGGUCGAGCCAUGUGUCAUGUGUGCCUCGCUACUGAAGCAGCUGAAAAUCAAGAAGGUUUACUUUGGCGCUGUCAAUGACAAGUUUGGUGGCACUGGCGGCGUGUUCCGCAUCCAUAAAAAUUCCACCUCGGUCAAAGAUACUCCGUCACAGCCAACACGAAGGGUUAUGGGCGGUCGGCUCAUGCGCGUCAAUCGAGAUGGCAGCAGGUAUAGUAUAAAUGCUCUCGAUGAUGACACUGCGCCACCCACCCAACACGCCGGAUCAUCUGCUGGCCAACAGCAGUAUCUCCAACCCACAUCGUCUUCGGUGUCCUCGACUGGAGUUAUGACACCUCCCUCGUCGGCUUCGUCUCCUGGUCCGGUUCGCUCCAUGUACCAGAUGGGAGAGCACGCACAAGCAAACCAGAAAUGGGCGAUCAAUCCCAAGCCGGCAGCCGAUGCGCCCACAAGCCACUAUGAAGGGGACGGUGGCAACGUCGAGAACGGCUAUGAGGCCGAGGGAGGUUGGGGUCGCGAUGAAGCCGUGACAUUACUGCGGCAGUUCUAUGUCCAGGAAAAUGGGCGCGCGCCUGUGCCGCGGAAGAAGGAAGGAAGAGCAGCACGUCUAGCCGCCCUGAUGGAGAAGGACGGCAUGAGCCCUGAUAUCGACCUCAAGGUCGCGACCAACGUACCGGCUUCAGCGCCUGCGACGGUUGCUGGCACUCCUGUGGAGGAAAAGGAUGAAGAUGCGGCGGGCAUGGAUAUGGAUGGCGGUGGUGACGUCCUGGAAGUUCCAACUCCCAUGUCGGAGGUCGCUUAGAUGGUGCCCCCGAUUUCUAUGUGAUCCACGCCCUGCGCGAUUUGAUGAGGCUGUGAGAAGAAAUUGCAUAGUUAUGGCGCUUGGGGUUUUCGUUUGGGGGAAUGGUCGAGAACGAUGUGAUUCCGUUAUCUCGGUUUGGCGGCAUGUUUUAUUUUGAUUUAUUUUGCAUUGGUUUGGUUCGGUCAACUUCUAUUUUUGCUAGUAGAAAAACCUUUUACUCGUUGGACUUUAGGAUUAAAAGUCUUGAAUUCCAGUCUCCCCUUUUAGUUCACGGGGUCUCGUUCCGCCGCCGGCAGGGUCAUUCGCAUCAUCGCCGUCAUCGUCCCACUGUGGCACCUCAUUGUCGAACCAUGCAUCCUCGGCAUCUUGUCGCUCAAUUUCAUCAUAAUCUUCAUUCUCGU